GCCGUAAGAGGAUUGAUGGGCGGGGUGUGGGUGGUAAGAGCGGCAGCAUUGAGCGCCGUGCGCGUCGCGGCGGCGGCCCCGUCGACCAAAAGUUAUCACGUUGCUCGUGCGCCAUUUGCAGCGACCGGCCGUGGUGGAUGUGGUGGAACAUACGAACGGAGUAAAUAUAAGUCAUCGCCGAGAAGUUCGGGAGUGAUGGCGGAAGGUAAUGGCGGCGGUGACCCGGGGUCACAAAUAGACGGCGAAAGAACAGAAGACUACCAGAAACUAAUAAAUUAUGGCCUGAAUGAAAAGGUCGCUGCAAAACUAGAUGAAAUCUACAAACAGGGCAAACUAAGGCAUGAAGACCUGGACGAGCGUGCACUGGAUGCCCUGAAGGAAUUCCCAGUUGAGGGGGCCGUCACAGUCCUUAAACAGUUCCUGGAGUCCAACCUGGAGCAUGUGUCCAACAAGUCCGCCUACCUCUGUGGGGUCAUGAAGACCUACCGCCAGAGAAAACAGUAUAACACAGACAGUAUGGCUGUCAAUCCUGGGAAAGGUCCAAAUGAAGACAACUUAAAAGCAAUUCUUGAGCGCACUGGCUACACUCUAGAUGUGACCACAGGUCAGCGAAAAUAUGGAGGUCCACCACCAAACUGGGAAGGGCCCCCUCCUGGCCCAGGAUGUGAGGUAUUCUGUGGCAAGAUUCCAAAGGAGUUGUAUGAGGAUGAGUUGAUCCCAUUAUUUGAAAAGUGUGGUGAUAUCUGGGACCUGCGUCUCAUGAUGGAUCCCAUGACAGGCCAGAACAGAGGAUAUGCCUUCAUCACUUUCACAACUCGCACAGCGGCAUGUGAAGCAGUCCGGCAGCUGAAUGAAUAUGAAAUUCAGCGCGGCAAAAAAUUAGGGGUCACUAUUUCAUACAACAAUCAUCGAUUGUUCGUAGGAAAUAUCCCCAAGAACAGGGAGCGACUUGAGUUAUAUGAGGAGUUUGCAAAGCACGCACCUGGUCUGGUUGAAGUGAUAAUUUAUAGUUCUCCUGAUGACAAGAAAAAGAACAGAGGAUUCUGUUUCCUGGAGUACGAGUCCCAUAAGGCUGCCUCCCUGGCUAAGCGGCGGUUAAGUUCAGGACGCUUCAAGGUGUGGGGGUGUGAAAUCAUUGUGGACUGGGCUGACCCACAGGAGGAGCCAGAUGAAGACACCAUGUCCAAGGUCAAAGUUUUGUAUGUCAGAAAUCUUACUCAGGUAACAACAGAAGAGAUGCUGAAGGAAAAGUUUGAUGAAUUUGGGAAGGUGGAGCGUGUCAAGAAGAUUAAAGAUUAUGCAUUCGUCCACUUUGAGGAGAGAGACGAGGCAGUCAAGGCAAUGGGUGCCUUACAAGGGAAAGACUUGGGUGGUGCCUCUAUGGAAAUUUCCUUGGCAAAGCCACCGUCAGACAAGAAGAAGAAGGAAGAAGUUCUUCGCAAUAGAGAGAAGCGGCUCAUGCAGAUGCUUGCACAGAGAGGAAUGCCUGUGCCCCCGGCCAUGCUGCGUGGAGGGAGGGGAGGGGGCCGCGGGGGCGGUCGCAGUGACUAUGAUUAUGAUUACGACUAUUAUGGUUAUGGCGAUUAUCAAGGUGGCUACAGUGACCCGUAUUACGACGACUAUUACCGUUACGAAGAUUACUAUUACGAUUACUCCCCGUAUCCCAUGGGGCGUGGUCGCACCAAAUCAGUGCCGGCUGGCCGUGGGUAUGGUGGUAUGGCGAACCGUGGCCGCGGCGCUGUCCCCUCCCCCCGUGGGGGGCGGGGUAUGGUGCCCCGAGGGGGGGCCAUGGGGGGGCGUAUGACUCGACCACCGCGCGCGGGGCAGGGGUUCAGAGGGUCCGCCAGGGGGGCAAAUCUAGCAGCUUGAUCCAUUACAGGUAAAAGAAAGUUGGAUGGCGGGCACCAGAACGAGGGGGACUCAAAGAGACGGUUCCAGAACACCGGUGCUAGCUGGGGGAACCAGCCUAUCCCACAGCAGCCGCUGAGCUCAUACAGUGGGGCCAACGGCAGCAAGUACGGCGGGGCAGGCGGGGACCAGCAAUGGUACCAAGACAGCUAUCCACAAUCGUGGAGCUGAGGUGUAAGCGGGUGGGCCGCCAGCACCAGGUGUAGAGGGUGGGGCGGGGCACGGUGGGGCACAACUCCAAGUUAUGUACGUUGGUUUGUCCGGGCGAGCCCGUCCGCGGGCACAGAGGGACAUUCCUGCCACUCGUAUGACUGGGAGUGGUGUCGGUGCUGCUAGCGCCUGAUACGAGGCCCACGGAUGGUGGCCGCCCCACCAGUGCUGCGUCAGUGGGGCCUGGAGAGGGUCGGCUUCCGAUUCCCGGACGCCCUUCCGUCUGGCCGGGGUGAGGGGCCGCAGUCCACCCCGCCAGUGAGACAUGUACCUGAAAAACAUCUCCACCAUACCCAAACCCACCAGGUCAGUUGGGUAAUUAAAAACCAUACUAAAUCUAGUAGGAGGAAGUCUCACAGGAGUGCUGCUCAAAAUUUUAUCACUGUUAACCACUAGGAUGAAAAAAAAAUCAACAUUAAAAUGUUUUAGCAAUUAAAUUUCAAUCCAAGUGGUAAUAAUGAGCAGGCUGUUUUAUUCCCGCUUACUUUGUGUUUCACAUGCAAACUUCUUGUCUUUCAAAGAAAUUAUAAAAAGAAUAGUUCCCAUUACAAAUCUAACAAGUCCAGCGGUUUGCCCCCCUAGUUCUGGAGACUAAUCAAUUCAACGGAAAUGGUUAGUGGAAAAUAGCCGCCCAAAUUCAUGUAUUAGUAUUCAUGUAUGCCAUUGCUACAAGAACAGUAACAACAGUACCAUUUCCUCGUUAUUCAGGUGUGUCCACCUAAAAAGAUUUUGCCUUCCUCUUCAUUGAGUAUGAUUCAAGGUCAUUCAUUAAGGGGAAAUUGCCAAUGGAAUUUUCUUGUUUAUUAUUAGCAUUUUAUAAGUAACUUGCCAAAGUCUUAUAGCAGCAUCAGAUCCUUCCAUCCGGUUGCCCCCGUAUACACACUUUAUACAUAUUUUUUUCCCCAAAAAAAGGCGGUCCUGCAUGCAGAUUUCAGUGACCACACUAUUUUCUUUUGGUAUCCCUAAAUGCUGUGUCCACUGAAUAACUCUUGAACCUUGCUAUUUGAUUUGUAGGUCUUAGUUGGCAUUAAGCAGAUGCUCAGUGCAACAUUGAUUCAGUGCUCGUGAUCAUAUUGGAAUGUUGUCAGAAACCAAUUCAAUGGAACCCAAUAAUACUAUAAGACUUAACCCAUAUAGAUACUGCAGUAUUUGUGAAUUUUAAGCAUGAUUUAUGAUGGAUUUUCUUUAUGUACUAAUUAGAAUGAUCCAUAUCCACUGAUUGUAGACAUGAUUGACGACUGAGGCGACUGUUACCAGAUUUGAUUGGUCCGAUAUCACACAUUAUAUAAAAAAAAAGCCCCCCAAAAAAAGAAUGAUGAAAUUUGUCUGCAACUGUACAUAUCUUGAUGCUAAUGUUUUACUUAUUGAGAAGGUGACACACGCACUAUCAGUCACAGGAAAUAGAGAUUUGGUGUGUUUGGAUGACAAGCAGUUAUCAUUUUUGGUGGAGAUUGGACCAACUGGCUGUGACUACUUUGCGAAGACUUGAGCUGUAGAGUAUAUCGUGUGUGUGGUUCAGGGACUUGUCAUGUUUCGGAUACUUUGGGAUCUGAGAAGAAUUUUUAACUAAUAUAUUUUAUCUUCUCUCUCCCCCCUCUUCAUUUUUUUUUUUUUUUAUUUUUAUUUUUUAUUUUUUAUUUUUUUUUUCUUCAGUAUUCCAAAGUUUCCAUGGUUCCCCUUUAUGGUGGGACUUAUUGAGGUUCCUGACGAUGAAUUGUUGUAUUUGUAGUUCAUAAGCAUUUCUUGUGAUAAGUGAAACAGAGUUAGGUAUAGAUUAUUCUCUCUCUCUCUCUCUCUCUCUCUCUCUCUCUCUCUCUCUCUCUCUCUCUCUCUCUCUCUCUCUCUCUCUCUCUCUCUCUCUCUCUCUCUCUCUCUCUCUCUCUCUCUCUCUCUCUCUCUCUCUCUCUCUCUAAAGUGACAUUGGACUCCUUUAUCAUUAUUAAUUUUUUAAGUUUUACUAAAAUUUAAUGGUUGGCUUUGCUCUUUUGAGAGCUCGCGUUCUUUUAAAAAUGUUAUAAGCAGACUUGAGUUUAUUAGUGUAAGUUGUGCAGCAAAAGAUAUGUAUAACUAAACAGUAAUAUUGCUGUAGUAUUUUUUUUUCUUUUUAAUAAUUGGUUGACUUGGUAUUUGAAUGGAAUUUUUAUGGUCAUUAAUUUAAGGAGGAAAAUGCUUGAGUGAUGAAUUUUAAUUUCUUUUGACGACCUUGGACCAGACUUGACCCAAUACGUUCGGGAGGCGUCUCUGGGCCUCUCGCUCUUGUAUGCCUGUUAGGAGAUCAAGUUGAAGGGAAAUUUUCUCGUGUAUUUAGAGAUCCACUUACUACCAGAUGGUGUAAGUGUGGCAGAGGGUGGUGGCGCCAGCUGCACGCCUCCCUCCACCGGCGUCAGCACCACCUGGGCCACGGGAUAAACCAAAAUGUUUGUUGUAUACUAAAAAGUUUUAAAAGUCUAUGUUAAAAGUGUAUUUCAGCUUUGAAGGAAAAACGUUAACCUAAUUCUUGUAGGUAAGGAUUUGCUGGAACUAAAUAUGAUCAUUAUUAUAUUUUCUAAAAAAAAAAAUGUAUAGUCAAAGAUACAAUUAUAUAUUCAAAAAGUGUAUAGUAAAUAUCCAAUACAUAGUGAUUUAUUCUAAAGAAUCUAGUAAAUUUUUUUCUCAAAUAUAUUGUUGUAGCAUUCUGGGACAGGAAGGAUUCUGAUAGUGCAUGAUGCAGUGUUUCAUUAAAAAGGUCUCGUGUCAUUAGUAAUUUCCAUUGAACCAAUAUUUUUUGAGAAAUCAGUACAGUGCAUUUGUUCAGGUGACUGUGUGUGGUGGCGCGCGGGCUUCCCACCACCACCACCACACACUGCUCCCCGGCGCCUCAAUUACUAUAAUACUUCCCUCCCCCGCCAGUUGUGAAAGCAUGGCCGUCUCAGGCAUAGGUUCUGAUUACGGAAUUUGACAAAUAGGUUCUCAACUUCCUUUCAUUACACCAUUCUUUCAACUUAAAUGUUUCGGUUGCAACUCACGGUACCGUCAAAUACAACGUCCAUAAAGAUUUGUUAACGUAUGUGAGGUGAUGUGGUGAUGUAUUUUCCGUGUAAGGAGGUGGUCGCCUUAGCCAAGAGCAGCGUGCAGGAAGGCAGUUGAGUUGUACCAGAUAGCCGGGUCUGUACCAGUGUUGGAAUGCAAGUAAAAGAGAUUUCCAUUA